CAACGCGGCCAGCGGGGGCGCCAGUUCCCGGCUCUCUUCAUUGUUUGUGCUUUACUGCGGGGCCAGGCGGGGAGAGAGACGGGUCGGAGGAAAAUGGCGGACGGUGUGGAUCACAUCGAUAUCUACGCCGACGUAGAGGAGGAAUUCAGCCAGGAAGCCGAUUACCCGGUUCACGAGCAGAUCGACCUAUACGAUGAUGUAAUAUCCCCGUCGGCCAACAAUGGCGACGCUCCAGAAGACCGCGAAUACCUGGACGCACUGCCUGCACCAGGAGGCACAGAGGGAGGAAAGAGUGCCCCACCCAACGUGGUGUACACCUACACGGGGAAAAGGAUUGCCUUGUACAUCGGAAACCUUACAUGGUGGACAACAGAUGAGGACUUGACAGAAGCCAUUCGGUCGAUAGGCAUCACAGAUGUGCUGGAGAUCAAGUUCUUUGAAAACAGAGCCAAUGGCCAGUCGAAAGGGUUUGCCCUGGUAUGUGUCGGCUCAGAGGCAUCCUCCAGAAAGUUGAUGGAGCUAUUGUCAAAGAGGGAGCUCCACGGUCAAAACCCCAUCGUCACACCGUGCAACAAGCAGUCGCUCAGCCAGUUUGAGAUGCAGUCACGCAAAAGUUUCACAGGCACACAGUCGGGCCAAAUGUCCGGGGAAGGUAAAGCGGGUCCACCUGGUGCUGGCCCGCGUGGUGGUUUCCCCAUGGGCCGCGGCAGGGGAAGGUUCCCUGGACCACCUGGACCAGGAGGAGACCGCUUCCCUGGUCCCGUGGGCCCUGGAGGCCCACCACCACACUUUCCUGGCUCGGGGAUGGGACCAGAACUGGUUAGGCACCAAGAUGGCCCUCUGAUGGAUAUGAAUUUCAGUCCCUUCCCGCCGGGGGGCAGGAACGGGAGCUGGCGUGGCAGAGGUGGAAUGCAGGGUCCUCCACGACCCCCUCCAGGUCCACCUGGUCCCCCUGGCCCUCCAGGACCUCCACCUCCAGGCCAGGGUCUCCCCCCUCCCCUGGCUGGUCCUCCAAACCGUGGCGACAGACCUCCUCCUCCUGUUCUUUUCCCUGGUCAGUUCGGCCAACCACCAAUGGGCCCCCUGCCCCCAGGCCCCCCUCCUCCGGGUUACGGCCCUCCCCCCGGUCCCCCACCCCCCCAGCAGGGCCCACCACCCCCAGGACCCUUCCCUCCUCGCCCCCCAGGCCCCAUUGGCCCCCCGAUGGCCUUGGCUCCACCUCCACACAUGCCAGGGCCCCCACCAGGUGGCCCACCACCCGCUCCUCAUGUGAACCCCGCCUUUUUCCCCCCACCUGGCAACAGCAGCAUGGCCCCCAACGACAGUCGAGGCCCCCCAGGACCAAACGACCCCUACGGACGGCCGCCACCAUAUGAAAGAGGAGACUACGGUCCUGGAGGCCGGGAAAUGGAGGCGUCACGGACUCCUCUGAGCGAGGCAGAGUUUGAGGAGAUCAUGAACAGAAACAGAGCCAUCUCCUCCAGCGCCAUAUCUAGGGCUGUAUCAGACGCCAGUGCAGCCGAUUAUGGCAGUGCUAUAGAGACUUUGGUGACAGCCAUCAGUCUGAUCAAGCAGUCCAAAGUAUCGGCAGAUGACCGCUGUAAGGUCCUCAUCAGCUCCCUGCAAGACUGUCUCCACGGUAUAGAGUCAAAAAGCUACGGCUCCGCCUCAAGGCGAGAACGUUCGAGGGAACGCGACCACAGCCGCUCGAGGGAAAAGAGCCGGCGACACAAGUCCCGCAGUCGCGACCGGCAUGAGGACUAUUACCGAGAGCGCAGCAGGGAACGGGACCGCCAUCGCGAGAGGGAUCGGGACCGAGACCGGGAAAGAGAGAGGGAGAGAGAAUACCGACACCGCUAGAUGUGAGCUAACGAGGAUCAAGGAUGGAUGGAAGGAAAAGGAGGAACGCUCUCAGUGCACCACUCCCUGCCCACCCUGCAUGACCGGACAGGAUAGCGACCACCAUCUCUUCCUCCGCCCCAGCCCCCCCCCAUCCGUUUCUCCUCUCCUCUCCUUCUCCACCCAUCCUUCUCUGUCUGUUGUCUGCCUGACUAAGAGCAGUGGAUGGACGACCCCUGACCUGUGUGAGGCUAUGUUUAUCCAGACAUCUAUACUUAUCGUAAUGUAAAGAUGAAAGAAACUUUCCGAAACAGCUCUUUUAUUUUUAUGAUGUUUUAUUUGACAUGAAAGUAUGUGUGUUGCUUUUUUUUUUUUGCAAAAGAAACAAUAAAAUGGCCUGCACGAUCCUCGGAUAGAAGACACAAACAUAACACCCUUGUUUUUUUGUUUUGUUUUGUUUUUUAUUUACGCUGUACUGUGUACAUUCAGUUUAGAGACCAGUUUUUAUAGGGAACAUGUUUGAUGUGUUCUCCCCCACCUUCCCUCUUACUCCCAUUUAUGCUUUUCAUGGUUGGUAUUUGUAAAUGUCUCUUUGGCUUUUUGAUUAAAAUCUAGAUGGUGUUGUAAUAAAAAAUGUUUACUGAGGUA